GAUGUGAUGAUGUCAGCGUGUGAUGCCCUCAGUGAGUGUCAAACGGCAACCGUUGAUUUCCAGUGCGACGCAAGCGAAACUCCGGCGCUGUUUCCCAAUGAUCGCUCGCUCAGACGGGAGCGCGCUGCACACCGCUCGCUAUCGUCGCUAUCUUCAGCUUGGCGCCGCCAGACUCCUCCUUGCCAUCACGCUCAGCACUCCAAUAUGAACGCCACCACAGGUAUUUGCCCAGAGGAGCUGGAGGACCUGAAAGAGGCCUUCGCUAAAAUUGACCUUGACGGCAACGGCUUCAUCAGCAAAAGAGAACUCAACGAGCUCUUCCGGGCCGCCAACCUGGCAGUGCCAGGUUUCAGGGUCCGAGAGAUCGUCGAGGAGCUGACCAAGACCAGCGAUCGGCUCAGCUUUGAGGAGUUCACGCAGAUAGCUCACGGACUAAAAAGCACCGAGGUUGGCAAGACCUUCCGGAAAGCCAUCAAUAAGAAAGAAGGAAUCCGAAACGUGGCCGGAACCUCAGAGCAGGCCGGCACGCAGCACUCAUACUCGGAGGAGGAGAAGGUGGCCUUUGUGAACUGGAUCAACACAUCUCUGGAGAACGACCCGGACUGUAAACAUGUCCUGCCUGCUGAUCCAGACACUGACGAACUCUUUACAGCUGUGGGAGAUGGAAUUAUUCUCUGUAAGAUGAUCAACCUCUCGGUGGCGGACACCAUAGACGAGAGGACCAUCAACAAGAAGAAGCUGACCCCAUUCACCAUCCAGGAGAACCUCAACCUGGCCCUCAACUCGGCCUCGGCCAUCGGCUGCCACGUGGUCAACAUUGGAGCUGAGGACCUGAGGGAAGGCCGGCAGCACCUGGUCCUCGGUCUGCUCUGGCAGAUCAUCAAGAUUGGACUGUUCGCGGACAUCGAGCUCAGCAGGAAUGAAGCUUUGGUUGCUCUGCUGAGAGAUGGUGAGAGUCUGGAAGACAUGAUGAAGCUGUCACCAGAGGAGCUGCUGCUGCGCUGGGCCAACUUUCACCUGGAGGUGGCCAACUCACCCAAAAUCAACAACUUCAGCUCAGAUAUCAAGGACUCAAAAGCGUACUACAACCUUUUGAAUCAAGUCAGGCCCAGAGGGACGGAUAAAGGAAUCCCACCAAUCAUCAUUGAUAUGUCAGGAAUCAGAGAGAAAGACGAGGUACAGCGUGCAGACUUGAUGCUGGACCAGGCAGACAAGUUGGGGUGUCGUCAGUUCGUCACGGCGACCGACGUGGUCCGUGGGAACCCCAAACUCAACCUGGCCUUUGUAGCCAACCUUUUCAAUAGAUACCCUGGCCUCAAGAAACCCGAGAACCAGGACAUAGACUGGGGAUCCAUCGAAGGAGAAACCAGGGAAGAGAGGACUUUCAGGAACUGGAUCAACUCUUUGGGUGUCCACCCUCAUGUCAAUCAUCUCUACGCUGACAUGGAGGACGGCCUGAUCAUCUUCCAGCUGUACGAGAAGAUCAAUGUUCCUGUGGACUGGGAGCGAGUCAACAAGCCUCCUUACCCCAAACUUGGCAGCAACAUGAAGAAGCUGGAGAACUGCAACUACGCGGUGGAGCUAGGCAAGAACGAGGCCAAAUUCUCCCUGGUGGGGAUUGCCGGCCAGGACUUGCAUUCUGGCAAUCGAACGCUCACACUGGCGCUGCUCUGGCAGCUUAUGAGGAGGUACACGCUGAGCAUCCUGGAGGAGCUCGGCGAUGGGCAGAAAGUCACUGACGACACCAUUGUGUUGUGGACCAAUCAGACGCUCAUACAAGCUGGGAAAACGUCAUCCAUCUCCAGUUUCAAGGAUGCCUCCAUUAGCACCAGCAUGCCGGUUCUGGACCUGAUCGAUGCCAUCCAGCCUAGAUCCAUCCGAUACGACUUCCUCAAGACCGUCGACCUGACUGAAGAGGAAAAACUCAACAACGCCAAGUACGCCAUCUCCACUGCGAGGAAGAUUGGCGCUCGCGUGUAUGCGCUGCCCGAGGACUUGGUGGAGGUGAAACCCAAGAUGGUGAUGACCGUGUUCGCCUGCCUGAUGGCGCGCGCCAUGAAGCGGACCUGACGCACUUAACGGAACAGACAACGGCAGAUGAUGUCAUAGCGCUGAUGAUGUCACAAGUUCAAAACCUAGUUACCAGGACCAAGGACAAGAACAUCCUUUUGUUGUUUUUAUAAAUAAAUGAGAUCAUGUCAA